AAGUUGAAAACAUUAUUUUUCGAAUCCAAAAGGGCCGAUUCGACAACGCUGUGGAAUGAUUUUGUUCGUAAAGCACAAACGCCGCAAGGUGCAAUGCUGUGUGCUGUCGUCGGUGGAAAGCUUAGUGAAGGAAUAAACUUCUCCGACGAAUUAGGACGUUGUGUUAUAAUGAUUGGUUUGCCGUAUCCAAACAAAAACAGUGUUGAAUUGAAUGAAAAAAUGAAGGUAAUCGUGCUUAAUUAG